UCAUUCGCAAUAUUUCUUGCCAUCUGUUUAAUCAUUAACAAGCUUGUGCAGCUUAAAAUAUCCAAAGUUGUUUGCGGGCUCGAGCCAUUCGCCGAUGUUAAUCGCGAAACUGAUUGAUUGAAGUGCGCUUACGCGGGUUUUUUUCAAGAUUUCUGCCCGUUUUCAAUGUUAAAUAAUGCGGCGAUUUGUUCAGGUGACGAAAGCGGGAAAAAAGGUUCUUCUUUCGGCCUGCUGGUACUUGGAUCAUCUCAGUACUGGAGGCGAUUGGGAGAAAUCCUACCAGUGCAAACCGACAAAUUUCGGGGGCACUCCCGAACAAGUCAGUCUGCUACUUGGAGGAGAAGCAUGCAUGUGGUCCGAAGUCGUUAACGACUACAACGUAGUUCAGAGGAUUUUCCCCAGAGCGUUCGCUCCUGCUGAGAAAUUGUGGUCUGCUUAUGAUGCUGCUGAGCCUGAUCUAGACGAAGUUGCCAGAAGGUUGGAAGAGCACGUUUGCAGGAUGAAUGCCGGAGGCAUACCGGGGCAGCCCCCAACAGCUGCAGGAUUUUGCCUGUAAAAAAAUUUGCCAAUUUCCACCCAGUUUUUGCUCCAGUAUUCAUUAAAAACAAAAAACGUC